GAUGGAAUUAGGAUAGCUCAGUGAUCCCAUAAAUAUGCUGCGAAAUAAAUUGUACAUGAACAGUUUUCUUUCGGAAAAUUGGUUUGUAAGAAUAGAUGUUGACCCUGCUACUGCUAGUGCUAAAGAAAGAAUAUUAAGGAGGUGUGGUUUGAUGAUGUAAUGCAUCUUUGACCAGUGCAUAAUAAUCAAUAGAAGAGCUAGCUAUUCAAGUCUGCUGAUUGGUUGAUCUCCAAUCUUUGUUGUGGUUGUGAUUUAAGGAUGAUUCUUCUUCUUCAUACCAGUUAAAAAGUUGGACUUAAAAUUGUUAUAAUCCCUAUACACGCAUGAAUUUGUAUGAAGUGGAGCAAGUUAGCCUCUAACAACUCCUCCAUAAAGCACCUAACUUCCCUUUAUGCUAUAUUUCAAACAGAACUAACCCAUUUCCCAACUCUACUUUACUAUAUAAAACACUUCACUGCGUGCCAUUUCAUACCAAGCUCAAUUCCCUUCAAGCUAAUUACUUAAGCUUCAUCUCUCCACAAAAUACCCAAAUGGAUUCAGGGCGCAGUGGAGAUUCAACAGUGAUAACUAUGCCUGAGUCGAAGUCCACUGGUAAAGGAAAGGCUCCUGCAGUUGUCUUGACCACUAGCAAAGCUGCACCACCCCCACCGGGAAGGUGGAAAAAGGGUGUUGCCAUUUUCGACUUUGUUUUGAGACUCGGUGCUAUUGGAGCAGCUCUAGGUGCCACUGCCGCUAUGGGCACAACUGACCAAACUCUGCCUUUCGUCACUCAGUUCUUCCAGUUCCAAGCUGAAUAUGAUGAUUUCCCAGUUUUCGUGUUUUUCGUCAUUGCAAACGCCAUCACAAGUGCAUACCUUGUCCUCUCCUUACCCGUCGCCAUCGUUUGCAUCAUUAGGCCUCAUGCAGCUGGGCCUCGGCUUCUCCUUCUCAUCUGUGACACAGUGAUUACCGGUCUCACCAUUGGGGCUGCGGCUGCUGCUGCAUCCAUAGUGUAUUUGGCUCAUUAUGGGAAUCCAAGCGCCAAUUGGCUUGCUAUUUGUCAGCAGUAUGGUGACUUCUGCAAAGGUACUAGUGGGGCUGUGGUGGGAUCUUUCAUUGCAGCAUUCAUACUGAUGUGCCUCAUUAUGUUAUCGGGUAUUGCUCUUGGAAGAAACUAGAGAAGAGGGAAGUUCAAUUUCUCAUUGGAUUUAAUUAAAUGUAAUGUGUUGUAUGAAUGCUGCAAUAUAAUUCCCCUGCAUAAAAGCAGGAGGCUCUCUCAUUUUGUGUUUG